CGGGAGAGUAUAUGAAAUUUUUCAAAAAAAAAAAAAAGAAAAAAAAAAGAGAGAGUGAGAACGUGCCUAAAAAAUCCCAUCGAGCUCGUGUGUCAUCAUCAUCAUCAUCAUCAUCAUCUCUUUCCCGCUCAGCGAGAGAGGGAGAGAGAGAGAGAGAGAGAGAGAGAGAGAGAGAGAGAUGGCGCGGAUGUUGGAAGCGAAGAGCCUUCGCAAGGCGCUCAUUCCCCCUUCCCUCCUCCCCGACCCUUCUCCCGCGCACCUCCAACCCACUCGCCUCGCCCUCCACGUCAACGAUGGCGCCUCUUCCUGCUCCGCCUACGUCGCCUCCGGGUGCCGCGUCUACAAGAUCGAGAUCUCUAUGGAAGAUUCGACUGUUUCUAAAGGAAAGGAGAGUCUCUUGAUUCCUGUUCAUGCACAGGUCAUAAACUCAUCAGUUGUAGAUCGAUGUCCCCAUCGAUCUGAGAUUCAAAGUGUAGUUAUUGCAGAAGGGGAUGAUUAUAACUUCUUGAUUUUGGGUACAGUCGACUCGUAUGGCCACCUUAUCAUAUCGCGAUUGGAUACAACUGCUGCUGACAUUGACAGGCUUUCAUAUUCAGUACUGCCUCGGGAUUGUGGUAUAGGAGAAGGGAGUUGGGCAGGUAUUUGCUUCAGCCUGAUCCAUUGGUCGACGGUCGCAGUUGCCAGAUCCUUCUGCAAAAGUAUCGAUGUUUAUGAUCAAGAUAUUCACCUCCGCAACUUACGCACGUUGUGGUAUCCGUCCUCUUUAAGUUUUAUUCAGAGUUCAAUGUAUUGUAAUGGGGAUUCUUCUGUACUAGCUGUUGCUGAAGGUUCUCAGCUGAGUGUAUGGGAUUUGAGAACAAACCAUAAUGGUGGCUGCAUACAACGUGUCUGUGGAUCCAUAGGCGAUCUAAUCUAUUCUGUUUGUAGUUCACCAUCUGGGGAAAUUGCCGUCGGUGGGACUGAUCGGACUGUAACAGUCUAUGACCAUCGCAGGUAUUUUUUUCUNUCACGAUGGGUUAACUGCUCCAAGUAUGAGAUAACAGGUCUUUCAUUUUCAUCAAUUGACUCGGCUUACAUUUAUGUUCAAGGUGUUGAUUAUGAGGUUAUGUGCGGGCAAUGGAGAGAAAGUGAAAAAGCUUUCUCAUUCAGAGGAGACUCUAAUUGGUUGGGAUUCUGUAAGUGUGCUAAUCGAGACCUUCUGGCCGGGUGGUGCGACUCCGGUAGUAUCUUCAUUGCCGAUUUUGUCCCGAAGCAGUAUGAAAACUUGUGAAGGUUGCAAUCUCCCCAUUAUUUGCUUUUAGCUAUUUUCUGUCAUAAAUCUCUUCUUAAGAGAGAAUUAGAGUUGCAUUCAUGAAAAACCCAUCCUAUAUAUUUCUGGUUACGCUUGCUCACUGUUUAGACUUUUUUCCCUCUCAA